ACGUCUGGGGCGACCAUCAUCUGGGGUAGUGCCAGAGCUAGAGGUGGGCAACGGCAGGCUUUUUUUUUUUUUCUCUAUUUCCUUUAGUGUAUCUAUUAAUUUUCUUCUUCGCCUGAGGCCGGUGUGUCUAGGUUUGAUUCCACUUAUACCUUGAUGCUGCUGCUGCAUUCAAGCGUUCAACUUUAAUUCAAAGCCUCUAGCUUACUGCUGUGAUUUGAACGCCAUCCCGUCAAGAAAAUACUUUUAUUAUAUUGCUCGGGGUGUGCUAAAUUUUCUUCUUUAGGUUUCCCCCGUGCCUGUUUGUAUCCUGGACACGGCGCAUCGCAUAUACCUAGUAGCAAAAUAGGGAUGCAGUUGCAGCAAGCCGAGAGUGCUGGUGGUCCGCUCGCUGAUCAGAUCACAAUGUCUGACUCCCAAAGCAAAAGUGCUGAAUUCGCUAAGCAGUCGGCGAACCUGCCCUUUGGCCAAGCUGUGCCGCUGUCUUCGAUAUCCGGCCCUACCUAUGUCACGGGCCAAUUGCUCGUGCAGCAGGUCGCUUAUGCCCUGUCCGACAAGAUCUUCUCCUACUCCCCCGAGACUUUCGACCUAGAUGUCGCUGUAAAGGACUGGGCUGCGCAGCAAGAUAAGAACAUUCAUGGGUACACAACUGCUGUCUUGCCCCUGCAGACUCGCACCGGUGCUGGCGCUUUUGCGCUGGGCUACAUCUUCUCCAAAGACUUCGAUCUGAGCAAGCGCCAUAUCCCGCAAACACUUUUGGCACCCUCGCUCAGUUUGCGCCAUUUGCGAUCAGCCUUGGACCAGCUGUCUCUGCUGUAUGGGGUCGCUAGCCCCUUUGUUGCCCACGUUGCUGCCGUCGACUAUGCCUCGGAGAGCGGUCUUGUUGCUGAAUACAGCGCCGCUCUGCAAAUUGCCGAAGAGCUUGGCCUAGCUCUGGUGUCGAGCGCAUCUGCCUACGAGUCUCAGCACAUAUCGCUUCUCGCUACUUUGAUGGCCAAGAUCGUUCCUACGCUGCAUGUGUACGAUGGUGUCCGUACAUCUCGCGAGACACUGCGAGUCAUUGACGCGCUGAGCCAGUCCGGUAUCGCUGACAUCUUCAACAAGCUGUCCCAGUCUAUUGACGGCUUCAAUUCCCGGCUAGAUAGUGCUGGAAAGGUUUUCGAACUUCUUCAGGCCUUCAAUGGUGAGCUUGGUACGGAGUAUGAGCCUUUCGAAUAUGUCGGGCACGAAUCUCCUGAAACCGUUUUCGUUGUUUUUGGUAGCGUCGAGGCCCAGCUUGCUAAGCAAGUUGUUUCAAAACUUGCUGCCGAUGGUGCUCAGAUUGGCGUAGUCAGUGUCCGAAUCUACCGCCCAUUCAUCGAGGAAGCUUUCAUCAAGGUCCUUCCCUCUUCAGUUCAGAAGAUCACGGUGUUAGGACAGGUGUCCAAUGACACUGCUGUCGCAGACGCCUCAGUGCAGUCGAUUCUGUACUCUGAUGUUUUGACCGCCGUUUCUUUCUCUUCCAAGUGGACACCAGCACCGGCUAUAGUUGAUGCCAAGUAUGCUGCUUCGCAGGUCCUGACUCCUACGAGCAUUGCAGCCAUUAUCUCCCAGAACGUCAACAAGUCAGCAACAGAGUCUAAGGUGAACUUGCCUCACCUACAAACUGUUGAGCAAUACGUCUUCUGGGACACCGACGACUCCAAAGCACGUCUCGCCCCUGCAGUUGUGGGUAACCUGCUUUCUCAAGAUUACAACAACAACAUUUACCUUGGCGAGUCUCACGACAACCUGGUGCAGGGUGGAGUUGUUCGAACAGAUCUCCGGUCCUCUCAGAAAACAAUUGACGCUCCUUACCCGACUGAGGAAGCAGAUGUCGUCGUUGUUGGCGAGGAGAAGCUCUUGAAAGAGUUUGCCAUCUCACAGAGCGUUAAGAACGGUGGAAAACUACUCUUGCGACUCUCGAAUUUCAAGGAAGAGGAGGUUGAGAAGAGGAUCCCAGAGCCGGUGCGCCACGAUGUCCAGAAGAGGAACAUUUCUCUCUUCGUCUUGGACACCGCUCUCUCGCCUGCUUUUGAGAACGAUAGCGACGCUACUAAGCUACUGGUUGAGCUCGGCUUCCUCAAACUUGCAAAGCCGGACUUGAAGCAGGAUAUUCUUCAGAAGCUGUCCGAAUCGAAUGGUAACAAUACCAAGGUGGAAGAGUGCGCCGACGCUGUCGAGAAGUGUUUGAAGCAAAUCGAGGUUCCAGAGUCCUGGGCGGAGGGAACGAGCGAAACCCCAAGCGAAGUCAAGCCCCUGAAGACUAACAGCUUCGUCCCCUUCGACAAGGAAGAAGCUGAGCCGGACCUCCAACUGAGUAGCUGGGAGGCCGCUGCUAAGGGUCUGCUCUUCAAGGAGGCAUACUCUACCAGUAUCAACCUCCGACCCGACCAGACGGCGCAGACGUUCACUAUUCACGUCAAGGAGAACCGCAGACUCACACCUACCACAUACGACCGUAACAUCUUCCACAUUGAGUUCGAUCUGGGUACCUCUGGUCUUACUUACAAGAUUGGCGAGGCUCUCGGUAUCCAUGCUGAGAAUGACUCCGAACUAGUCCUUGAAUUCAUCAAAUCUUAUGGUCUAAAUGCUGGCGAUCUCGUGCAGGUGCCCUCUCGCGAGAACCCAGCUAUCGUCGAUACCCGAACCGUAUACCAGACCUUGACCCAGACUAUCGACAUCUUCGGCAAACCACCGAAGCGAUUCUACGAGUCGCUGGCCGAGUAUGCCACCGAUGAGCUGGAGAAGAAGAAGCUCGCUUCGCUCGGCGGGUCAGAGGGUGCGGAUGAGUUCAAGCGCCGCUCCGAGAUCGACUUUGCCACUUUUGCCGAUAUCCUCGAAGAGUUUAAGUCUGCCCGUCCUAGCUUCCCCGAGCUAGUCCGGCUGGUCGGUCCCUUGAAACGUCGUGAAUACUCCAUCGCCUCUGCCCAGGCCGUCUCGCCUACCAGCGUCGCCCUCAUGAUCGUCGUGGUAGACUGGGUUGAUUCCCAAGGAAGAACCCGCUACGGUCAAGCCACGCGCUACUUGAGCCGCCUACCCGUCGGUGCCGCCGUGACUGCAUCCGUCAAGCCUUCCGUCAUGAAGCUGCCUACUCGCGACGACGCUCCUCUGAUCAUGGCCGGUCUGGGUACUGGUCUAGCACCCUUCCGAGCCUUCGUCCAGUACCGCGCGAUGCAGAAGGCUCAAGGCAAGGAGAUCGGAGCUAUCCUGUUGUACCUCGGCUCACGCCACCAGCGUGAAGAGUACCUCUACGGUGAGGAAUGGGAAGCCUACCUCGACGCGGGCGUCAUCACGCUUCUCGGCGCCGCCUUCUCCCGUGACCAGCCCCAGAAGAUUUAUAUUCAGGACCGCAUGCGGCAGACUAUGAACGACAUCGUGCGCGCAUACAUCAAGGACGAGGGCUCCUUCUACCUCUGUGGCCCCACGUGGCCAGUCCCGGAUGUCACGGAUGUGCUGAAGGAGGCCAUUGCCGCCGAGGCUAGGAUGAGCGGUCGCAAAGUCGACCCCACGAAGGAGAUCGAUAGACUGAAGGAGGACGGACGUUACGUGCUCGAGGUAUACUAAUCUCGUGCCUGCUGCAUAAGCGACGUGUAAUGAAGUUACGAUUCCACAUUAGCAUAGAUCUGAACCUUCUGCAUUACCACACUAGAAUCAACCCCUUUCUUGUAUGGGGCCGUAGCUAGCUACACGUAUACUAUAUAGAAGAAAUCCCAAUGAGGAAGUUCUCUGAUCAACCAUGACAUACCCAUAUCGUGCAAUUUAGAUCCAGG